CGAAUGAAUGAAACGUCAUCCUUUAGGCUGCUGCCCUGGACAAGGCUUUCUCUAGCAUUGUGCGGCCUUUUUUCUCGCUGUAGUAAUUUGGCUCAAAAAACGCGAAACGACUGUACAGGAACCGCCGCAUAUUCGGUUGCGUGCAUAAAGCUACACCAAUGUUCCGUAAAAGAAUGUAUUCAUCCGUGGCCACAUAUAUUCUGCUAAUUUGUGGACUAUAUCGUGCAGUGGCAGCCACCGGUUUGGUCAAUGAUGAAGUGAAACGCACAGUGGACUUGAGUACGCACCUUGCUAAGAUUUCUGCCGAGAUCCUUUUGUCAAAUGAAGGAGAUUCUGCAGUCAACAGCUUUGUUGUGGCCCUUGAACCCGAACUAGCUUCACAUCUGGCCUAUAUUGGCGCAUCGGUGAAAGGGGAUGAAGAGGAUGAUGGACAUCUGGAGUUGUCAGAGACUGUCCUGCCUGGUCAGAGUGGCAAGUUUUUUAAGGUGGAGUUGCCCUCUUCACUGGCAGCAGGCAGUAAGCUCCGUGUGAAGGUGGAGACGAUGCUUAGCCAUGUGCUGCGUCCCUUCCCCACCCAAAUCACCCAGGCCGAGAAGCAGCUGGUGGUUUUCCAGGGCAACCACUACAUGUAUUCCCCCUACCCCAGCCGUUCCCAGACCACUCGUGUCAGGCUGGCCUCGAAGACCGUGGAAACCUACACCAGGCUGGGUAACCCCAGCAAGUUAGACGAGGUCAUUGAGUAUGGGCCUUUCCGCGAUGUUGCUCCUUUCAGCCAGGACACCAUGAAGAUCCAUUAUGAGAACAACACCCCUUUCCUGACCAUCAGCAGUAUUACCCGCACCAUCGAGGUGUCCCACUGGGGCAACAUCGCUGUGGAGGAGACCAUUGACCUAAGGCACACUGGCGCUUACCUGAAGGGACCCUUCUCCCGCUAUGACUACCAGAGGCAGUCAGACAGCGGAAUCUCCUCUGUCAAGUCUUUCAAGACCAUCCUUCCUGCUUCAGCUCAGGAUGUGUACUACCGGGAUGAGAUCGGCAACAUCUCCACCUCACACCUCCAGAUUCUGGAAGAUUCUGUGGAGGUUGAGGUGAGGCCCCGCUUUCCUCUGUUCGGAGGCUGGAAGACCCACUACAUGGUUGGCUACAACUUGCCCAGCUACGAGUACCUUUACACUUUAGGUGACCAGUAUGCCCUGAAGAUGCGUCUUGUGGAUCAUGUCUAUGAUGACCAGGUGAUCGAUUUUCUGACUGUGAAGCUCAUUCUCCCAGAGGGUGCAAGAAAUGUCCACAUGGAAACACCUUACCCCGUCAGUCGGGACUCCGACCAGCUGCACUACACUUACCUGGACACCUUUGGCCGGCCCGUGCUGGUGGCCACCAAGAGCAACCUGGUGGAACAGCACAUCCAGGACAUGGUGGUGCAUUACAACUUCAAUAAGAUCCUCAUGCUGCAAGAGCCUCUGCUGGUGGUGGGAGCAUUCUACAUCCUCUUCUUCACUGUCAUCAUCUAUGUGCGCCUCGACUUCUCCAUCACGAAGGAUCCUGCUGCAGAGGUGCGUAUGAAGGUUGCCUCCAUCACAGAGCAGGUGCUGACCCUGGUGAACAAGCGUCUGGGCCUGUACCGGCACAUGGAUGAGGUGGUGAACCGCUACAAGCAGACCCGGGACAGCGGGGCACUCAACGGCGGCCGGAAGACCCUGGAGGCCGACCACCGCACCCUCACCAAUGACAUCAACUCCCUGCAAGCUAGGCUCAAAGCCGAGGGCUCUGACUUAGCUGAAAAGGUGGGCGAGGUGCAGAAGCUGGACGGCCAGGUGAAGGACCUGGUGUGCCGCUCGUGCCAGGAGGCGGAGCGCCUGGUGGCGGGCAAGGUGAAGAAGGAGGCCUACAUUGAGAACGAGAAAGGCCUGGCCAGCAAGCGACAAGACCUGGUGUCCCGCAUCGACAGCCUCCUGGACGCCCUGUAAAGGCACCACACGUGGCCAGAAACAUGCCAGCCCACAGCAGCUUCGUUACAACCAUUACACCCUGCCCUCCUCUCCCACAUGCUCUCUGGCACGUCGAUUGCGUCUCAGCUGGACUCUAUGGGCCAUUUCCUGUUCAGUCGACCAUUUCGGUUACACACAAAGGCACCGAUUUCAUUUGUUCUGUGAGGGCAGACGUUACACGCUGUGUUGGGAUAUGUAUGUGCUUGUGUGAAGGUAUGUCUGUGUGCUAUGAUAGGGUUACAAUGUCUUUUGUUCAAAUUGAGGAACCAGUCAGGUUUCUAGGUUGCUGGUUGUUUCUCUCUUUUCACUGAAUGUUGGUAAGACUUUAUGUCGUGAGAAUCUGCGGGUGUUGACAACCCACUGCACACUACUGGUGCCCCUGUAACUUGAUUUUGUGUCAAAGGGUUAGAGGAAUCUCAAAGCACUGAUUUAAUAUGGCAAUUAUUCUAACCAACAGUUUCAGUUUUAACGUCCCCUAUUUUUUUUUCUUUUUUUUUUUUGCUUCUACAAAUGGUUUUCAUGUGUUUUUUUAUGAUUUCACUUUGUAAAUUACUUGCUGUUCAUUCAUACCAGGAGAUUAGUGAAUGCGUGAGAUUUAGACUUGCAUGUGGAGAGGCAGUGGGAUCUGGAACAGUCUCCACAAAAUUCCAGUGGCUGAAGAUACAAUUUUGCAAUAAAAAGAAUCCGUUUGAAAUCA